CUCGCCGGAGAGUUUCGGCUGGCUGACAGCAGAGGGAGAGAGAGAGAAAGAAAGAGAAAUGGCGCCUCGACACUCUAGUAGCUGAGACACAUUCAGAACGAAAGCAGCUGACAAGAGCUACAGGACUGGAUCUGUCUAUCAGCGGGGACAGACAGCAAUCAUGGUGAACACCAGAAAGAGCUCGGAGCACAAGCCCAUCAGUCCCUUCAUCUCGGGCAGGACGAGGUCGUCUCAGAGGAGCAACCCAAACUUGGACGAGCACAACAGCCGUGUAAGGAAGAGAGAGACACCGGCAGCCUAUUCUCUCCGCCAGCCGAAGGAGCCAGGCAGUGAUGUUAACAGCAGUAGUCCACGUUUGUCCCCGCCGCCCAAGCGGACACGCAGACAGACCCCACCAAGUUCUACCGAUACUUCUCCAAGUCCCCAGAGUAAAGGCCAGAGAGCCCCGUGGACCAUGUCCAAACACUGUACUAGGUUGUCCACUGGUGCCCUGCAGAAUGGACGCAGUCGAAUGAGUCUGAGGGGUGAUUCUACAUCAGAUGGGGACCACGCUCGCAUGAACGGUCAUGUUGAGCUCAAGAGGAGCCGCCGCAUCAGGAAGUCCCAGUUCGAACACCUCAAUCAGAGUUUACUUUUCGACCAACUUGUCAACAGUACGGCAGAAGCAGUCCUUCAAGAGAUGGACAACAUCAGCAGCAUACGGCAGAAUCGGGAAGUGGAGCGCCUCCGCAUGUGGACGGACACUGAACUGGAAAACAUGGACAUGUACUCCCGCGUGAAGAGGAGGAAGUCUUUGCGUAGGAACACGUAUGGAAUGCAGGCGCAUCACAAAGCCAUGAGCAAGUCAAAGGACCCCGAAGAGGAGGAGGGAACUGAAGAGUCUCACGAAGAGGAGGAGGAGGAUGAAGAUGUGGAGGCUGAUGAUGAUGAAGACGAUGAAGGAGACGAGGCAGAAGAGGCUGGAGAGGAGAACGACAGACCUUAUAACCUCAGGCAGCGUAAAACUGUGCAGCGAUAUGAAGCGCCCCCAAUAGAGCCAGUGAACAGAAAGCAGAGCAAGGGCUCUCUGUUCGACACGCACAGAUCUCCUGCAAGAAGAAGCCAUAUUAGAGUAAAGAAACAUGCCAUUCACAGUAGUGAAUCGACAUCAUCGUCUGAUGAAGAGCGAUUUGAGAGGCGGAAAAGCAAAAGCAUGAGCCGAGCUCGUAACAGGUGUCUACCCAUGAACCUGCGAGCAGAGGAUCUGUCCAGCGGUGUGCUUCGAGACAGAGUAAAAGUGGGUGCUAGUUUGGCAGAUGUGGAUCCCAUGAAUCUGGACACUUCUGUGAAGUUUGACAGUAUUGGAGGUCUCUCCCAUCACAUUCAGUCUUUAAAAGAGAUGGUCGUCUUUCCUUUAUUAUAUCCAGAAGUGUUUGAGAAGUUUAAGAUCCAGCCCCCAAGAGGAUGUCUGUUUUAUGGGCCUCCAGGAACUGGGAAGACGCUGGUGGCACGAGCUUUGGCCAAUGAAUGCAGUCAGGGUGACAGGAAGGUGUCUUUUUUCAUGCGCAAGGGCGCAGACUGCCUCAGCAAAUGGGUGGGAGAGUCUGAACGACAGCUCCGCCUACUUUUUGAUCAGGCAUACCUCAUGAGACCCUCCAUCAUCUUUUUCGAUGAGAUUGAUGGCCUCGCUCCUGUUCGCUCCAGCAGGCAGGAUCAGAUUCACAGCUCCAUAGUGUCUACAUUACUGGCAUUGAUGGAUGGUUUGGACAGCCGGGGGGAGAUAGUGGUCAUCGGUGCUACAAAUAGACUCGACUCUAUUGACCCCGCACUCAGGAGGCCCGGCCGCUUUGACCGGGAGUUUCUGUUCAACCUGCCAGAUAAAAAGGCUCGAAAGCACAUUUUAGAAAUCCACACCAGGGACUGGAGCCCCAAGCUAGCUGAACCCUUCAUAGAUGAGCUAGCUGAGAAGUGUGUCGGUUACUGUGGGGCCGACAUCAAAGCACUUUGCACAGAGGCUGCGCUAGCGGCUCUGCGGCGGUGCUAUCCUCAGAUCUACGGCAGCAGCCAGCGUUAUCAGCUGGACGUGGGCUCCAUCGUUUUGGGAGCGCAGGAUUUUGGUCGUGCUCUGCGCUCUAUAGUACCUGCGGGUCAAAGGGCCCUGGCUCCGCCCGGUCAGGCCCUUUCCUGUGUGUUGAAGCCCCUGCUGGAGCCCACACUGGCCCAAACGCUGGCCUGCCUGAUGCGAGUCUUCCCCCACGCAGAGCUCCUGCACAGGGAACACACACACGACACUGACAAUCAUCUGUUGGUGGAGGACUCGUACAGCGAGGACGAGGAAUGUCUCGGUGCUCCUUCCAUUUAUGAAACUCAGUCAGGAUCGCUGAAGGAAGCAGCUUCCAUCACGACACACAAACCCUUUCUCCACUUUACCACUUCUGCCUACAAGCAGCCCACCUCUUACCGGCCACGGCUGCUGCUGACGGGACCCCAGGGCGCAGGGCAGAGCACACACCUGGCCCCUGCUGUGCUGCACCACCUGGAGAAGUUCACUGUGCACCGUCUCGACCUACCCACGCUAUACUCCGUCAGUGCCAAAACCCCGGAGGAGUCUUGUGCUCAGGUGUUUCGUGAGGCUCGACGCUGUGUACCCAGCAUCAUCUAUAUGCCUCACAUCAGUGACUGGUGGGAAGCCAUCAGUGAGACGGUCAAGAGCAGCUUCCUCACACUCCUGCAGGAUGUACCCUCAUUCACACCGCUCCUCAUCCUCGCCACAGCAGAGACCAUCUACCAGCAGCUCCCAGACGAGCUGACAUGCAUCUUCAGCCGUUCAUACGGGGAGGUGGUUUGUUUAAGCAUGCCGGGAGAAGAAGCACGCAGGAAGUUUUUUUCAGACCUCAUUCUUGAGCAGGCAGCCAAGGCACCACCCAGCAGGAGGAAAACCGUGAGCGCUCUGGAGGUGCUGACCCUUGCUGAAGACCCCGGUCCUCGGCAGCUCUCGCCAGAGGAGCAGCGGCGACUGGAGGAGCAGGAGGAGAACACCUUGCGCGAGCUCCGCCUCUUUCUCAGGGACGUCACAAAGCGGCUCGCCACCGACAAGCGCUUCCAGAUCUUCAGCAAACCUGUGGACAUUGAGGAGGUUUCAGACUACCUCGAGGUUAUCAAACAGCCUAUGGACCUGUCCACCAUCAUGAUGAAGAUCGACACUCACAAAUACAUGGUGGCCAAGGAUUUUCUAGUGGACAUUGACCUCAUUUGCAGCAAUGCGUUAGAGUACAAUCCAGACAAGGAUCCGGGAGAUAAAAUCAUCCGCCACAGGGCCUGCAGUAUGAAGGAUACUGCGCACGCCAUGAUCGCCUCUGAACUGGACCCUGAGUUUGACCGCAUGUGUGAGGAGAUCAAGGAGUCCUGCAGGAAGAGAGGCUCUCUGACCACAGCGCAGCCGGCCGUCACUCCGAGCGCUGUGGCGACCAGGAGACCUGUGGGAGAGGAGGCGGGGUUAAGCGCUUCUCAGGGUGAUGGAGUGGACAAGCACUGCAGCAAUAUCAUAAAGCGCAAGUUGCGACGACGACCGAUUUGGGGGCGGGGCAUCAUCAGGAAGAAAAAGAGCUAUAAAAAGGAGGAGGAAGAUGAACCGGAAGAGGAGGAGGGAGCGGACGACUCUGCUGCAAUGGUGCAAGGUGACGCUUGUCUCACCCAGGAUGAGUUGUCCUGUGAUGCCACAGAGCUCCAUCCUGACAAGCAGCCACUCCAGGCCAACGGACACAUCCUCUCCACAGAGGAGGAGAAUUCCUCUGAGCCGACAGCCACUCAGGACCCUCAGGGCAAGGAGGAGCCCAUCAAGACCCCCUCAGAGGAGGCUUCCAGCAGUAAGGAGGCCACAGCAGUCCCUGCUCCUCAAGAGUGUGUGAAUGGAAAUGAAUCUAUGGACAGUGUGUACAGUGAGGCUCUUGAUAAAGAAACCGUAGUAGACUCUAUUAAUAAAAAUGCACUUGAAGCAGAGCAUAAUGAGCCUUCUGCCCCAGAAUGCAAUGCCGAGGAGAAUGUGACCGCAGCAGAGGGGGCGGCAUCUGACGGUGACCAUGAAACAGAAGGUUCAUCAAAUGGGAAGAAUAAGUCUGACCAGGCGUCUGUCGGACUCGAGGAGACUGUGGAGCUUCCACCUCCGGCUCUCGUGGUUGACCACCAGCGACUCAAAGCUCUGUUAGAGAAAGUGGUUGUGAAAAGUGACGGCUUCAGUGUGGAUCAUCUGGAGAGAGUUUACUCCGUACUCAGCCAGUGUAUUUACCAGCACCGCAGAGACUACGACAAGACCCGUCUGAUAGAGGCGAUGGAAAGGCAAGUUGAACAUUUCGAAACAUUCCUGUGAUGAAUAGAGGGCUUUCAGAGAGAAACAUGAUCGGCGACUCUUUUGAUACAAGACGGAGGGGCCGGCGUCCUGAGCCAAGUCCUUAAUGUGGAGCAGGUCUGGACGCCUCGGUCUCAAAUUACAGCAGGAAGGGGGAAAAAAAAUGGUGCAGACAUUAGAAACAAAGGCUUACAAAGGCGACCUUGGUGCUAUCAUCUCAGGUACCUGAAACAGAACCAGUCUACAGAACCAAACACACAAACUCCUCGAGGUUUCCUUCUUAUUUGUUUUGUUUUUGUAAACUCGCAUACAUGCCGACGAUCGUUCUUGGUGCUAUUGGGUGCUAUAGUUUUUUUUGCUUUUUUUGUCGCCUGCUGCUCUUUGUUCUCAUAGAUAAGCAAACAAAACACAAACAAACAGUACAAAAUAAAAGAUUGUGUGAUGUCACGAAGCAACCUCAGCCUCCGUCUACUGGAAGCAAACACCACACACACACACAGAUUCUCACCAGCAGUGGCAAACUGUAUAUGGAUGGUAUGAUGCUCUACAGCGCGAGUCAGCCGGUCAUUUACUGUGGAAAUAAACUACAUCGCCCUCUUUCUACAUCCACCCGGAUGUCACCCCUGGUCACCAUUGGGAUUAUCAACACUUUUUAGCCACAGAUGUUUUUGUAGGGACAUCUAGAGUUGUUUUCUACUUGGUGUUAAUUGUAAGACUUGCAAGGCCUCUGUAUUGUAAACCAACUUUUCCUUGUUACAAAUGAGACUGCGUUCUCCUUAUUUAGACUAUAAUGUUUGCAGAAAACCAACGAAAAACAGACAGAUUUUGGUUCAAAUUGAUAUUUUUAGUUUAGACUCAUCGUAUAAUUCCCGCCCUAGGAAUAGUAAAAAAAAUUGGCUUUUUUUCUGGUUUAACUGGAUUUACGAGUAGAUAUCUGGAGAUUGCACUGCCUAGCAUGUGCCUUAAUGUUUCAAAUAGGCUAAAAACAUAACUAAAUAUUGACUAUCUAUCUAUAUAUAUAUAUAUAUAUGGAGGACGAGCCACAGGGCUACAAACCGAUACAAAUAUGUGGCGUAUGUUGUUGUUAACUGUUAGCCAAUCUCUUCUCGAGUCGCCCAGCAACAUCUUCGUGGUUGCUCCAUCAGACAUUGUGGCUUUCUUUUGCCAUUCAUUUUUAUUGUAACAUAACAUAUUUGCAGUAAAAAGAAGUGAUGUUUUGAAAGAUAAAAUGGCAGUCUAGGCAGUGCUGAAUUUUUUAACAUAAAGCAUUACCAUAUUUUUUGUUGUAUUUUUCUAUUUUUUAUUUUUUUUUUACCUUUUAUAGUGUUUCCAUUGUGUUCACUUACACUGUAUAAUAUUGGUAGCUGUCGCAUUAAUAACUUGAUUUGUCAAUUUUGGCAUUGUCUUAAGUAGCAUUAACCGAGUUCUCCCUCUCAUACUUACAUUAACGCUCAGCUUUCAUUGCUUUGUAAAGAACGUUGAUCCAAGUUCAAGAGUCCUUGUGACCUUGUCUAGGAUUCGGUGCUAUAAAAAACAGAAAACAAAGAGGAAAAAAAAUAACAACGCUUUUUAAGACAUAUGCAAAAGAAAGGAAAAAAAAUGAGGAGUUAGCUGUUAGCUUUGGACUACUGCAGUGCGUGUGAGAGACAGAACCACAGCUACCUCAGCAAGUUGUUUUCACGCGAAGAGACAAAAGUAAUGACCUGUUUACUGAAAACAGUAUUUGUUGACCUCUGUAAUAUCACUGCGCCCUUCAAAAAUUCAAGCUGAGGUACUGGAUCACCUCUUCGACAUGUGGCUGCUGCAGUAAUCCUCGGGUUUGUUCGCAUUUUUGCAUUAUAUUUCUUUUUUCCUUUUUUUUUGGUGGGGGGGGGGUUGUUCUGCGUUUGAGCCGAGAUGGUAUUGUAAUAUCGCUGAAAUAUUAUAUUUCAGUUUUUCUACAUGUACAUCCCUUGAUUUACAGUUUAUUGGCCAUGUUUGUGAAACACCUUGCUUUCUUCAGUCCAUUUCAUGAUCGUUUUUGAUUUAGCAGUCGCCUGUCAAUUUGUUAUUUAUUCAAUUAUUAAACGUCGUCAUAUGUUCAACAUUUUGUUCAACCGAAUUUAAUUGGAAAAGUGGUUGCAUGAAAUUUGUGCCGAGACAUGAUGUAGCACAUUUUUGUAGCAGGUGUUGCACGACGUUCAGAAACGGGGUUAACUGGUCUCAGGUCUCUGCUACAUGCAUAUUUAUUCCAUAAGUGUGGAGAUGGUGGUGGUUAUGUUUCUUUUUAGUGGAUGAGGGGGAGGUUCAUAAAGUUAAUGUGCAUUUUCGGGUCCCUCUUUGUCACCUGUAGUACCAUCGACAUGCUUAACUUGGUGUAGCAUUGAAGAAACUACUGUAAUGCUGACCACUUGCGCUUCUCACAAAUUUAUCUGGGGAAAAUGAGCUUUAGUUGAUGAUGCCAAUUCAUGCAAGACAUACCCUGUUUUGCAUAGCAUUAUGUCAUUGGCCCUGAAACGAAAAAUCAAACCUUGGUCAGUAUGUAAUGUAAAAUGAAAUUUCACAUUUAGAAGCACCACUAAUAUAUAUUUUUUAGAAAAUGAACUCCUAAAUCCUCCAUUAAAAAUGUUACAAUGUGGGCUUGAAAGUCUUAAGUAGUUCUAUGUGUUUUGACUACAAGUUAAAGUUCAUAACCUUUAUUAGUUGACCAGAGUCUAAUUCAGAUCAUUUGACUGACGGUAGGAAGUCCAUAUAACAAUAGCAUUUUGCUUUAGGUAGGUAAAUACAACCCACUAAACUGUAGUUUUUGGUGGAAAAGUCCAGGAGUUUCUCAAGUCAGUGCUCAGUGUUGGAGAUUUUUUUUGGCAACCAAUGAUUUGUUUAGUUAAUCCUAUUUAAUCAGUAGAUUUAUACCCCUUAAUGAUUAACAAGGUUGAGGCAAUUUUAUUUUUGUGUAACACCAGAAUUUGUGUCCCUUUUUACUACUUUGAAGCAAAUCAAAACCACACAUAUUGUUCUGUCCUUCCCUGCAGUCCUUCUUUUGUGAAAUGAUAUAUUUACUGUAAUUUCUGAAAUAAACUGCUGUGAUAUACUUGAAUAAAAGGUGCAAAUUGAA